AUGAAAGGCAGGGGCCCUCCCAGUGCUUGGAACACCCUGCCUGGACCAGAGAGUGUGUGUGGGGCCCUCCCGGCCCACUGGAAGCCAACUCAGCCCUCCCUGCAGACAGGACUGCCCAGGUUACCAGGUGGAAGCCAGAGGGGCACCGGCAGCCCCACACAGGACUCUGAGGCCCCUGGCCAUGAUGUGACUUAUAUCAGUCACUCUCCCUGGUGGGAAUGCAGCAGCACCAGCCUGAGGCCUGGAAGGCGGGCAGGCUGGAUGUCCUGUCUGGGAGCACCGUUCCUCUGGGGCGGGGACAAUAAAGGCAGCAGUGCUUUUGUAGCCGGUACCCAGCUCCACAGCGGGCCAGACCCGGCACCCUGGCUCAUGGGUGGGGCAGGGGGCAGCAGAUUUGGGUCCAUGUCAGCCUCAGUUCUCCCCCCUGUGACCAUCUGGAUCAUCCCUGGCUGUUCAGAGGGUCCCAUGGGGAAUCCCACAAAAGAGGGAUAG